AUGGCAAAACUGGGCGUGGCCUUGACGCCGCGCAGCGCCGUUUUUUCGCCUUUUUUUCACCGUUUUGCCUCAUUUUUCACCCUUUUCGCCGCUUCCCCACAGGAUGGCGGAGCUGGGGCGCUGUGGGGAGCCCUAGGGGGUGCUUUGGUGCGGGACCCCCAAACUCCGUCCCCCCCGGAGCUGCAGCCGCUGCUGUUGGUGCCGCGACCCCCCAGGGAUAAGUGGAGGCUGCUGGACGUGCCCAAAAUCGUCCGCCAAAACGUCCAAGUGGUGUCCCCGCGUGCCGGGGGGCCCGGGGGGGCGCUGGGGGCGCUGCGCACGGCGCUCAGCAUCCUGGAGAAGUACGGGCGCAACCUCCUGCAGCCGCGGCCGCCGCGGCACUGGCGCCUGGUGCGCUUCGGGAACCCCGUGUUCCGCAGGACCGUGGACGCCAUGCGGGGGGGCCGUGCGGUGCUGAAGCUGCUGGGCUACACGUGCGAGUCCCCCGAGGGGCUGGGCUUCCCCCCGGGCUGCGUGGGCCCCGACGUGGGGCGCGUGGCGGCCGUGACGGCCGAGCUGCUGCUGCUGCGCACCGAGAUCGACCUGCUGCUGGCCAACCAGCACCCGAACCCCCAGUUCUUCACCCAGAUGCUGGUGGGGAGUGAGGAGCCGCUGGUGCCCGACUCGCCCGCACUGGCAGACGCAGAGACCCCGAAACGUGAGCCCCCACCUGAGGACUCCGGCUGGGCCUGCGCGUCCUGCACGUUCCUGAACCGCGGGCCCAGCGUCCUGUGCGGCGUCUGCGAGCGCCCCCGCCUGGCCAGGAGGCCCCAGCCCCCCCCGGUCGUGCCCACCUCGCCCCCACCCGUCAAAGUCCCGCCAAUCGAAGCCCUUCCCGCCAAAGCCCCGCCCAGUGCUGACUCCACCCCCUCAGACCCCGCCCUUCCAAGCCCCGCCCACUUGGGCCCCGCCCGCGAACUCGAGCGGCAGCGACGGCUGCGGGAGGACGGGAAGAGAAUGGUGGCCAUAGUGAGGGAAGCCGAGGCGCAGGGCGUGGCCCCAGAAGCCGUGGUGGGCGUGGCCUGGGCGCUGGGCGGCCCGGUGGGCGUGGCCGUGGGCGUGGCCAAGGCCGCCCUGGGGGAAGCCUGGGCGGCGCUGGCGGGGGCGGGGAAAGAGGCGGGGCUGGGGCCGCUGUCCAUCAAGGAGGCGGGACUGGCCUGGAGCCACGCCCACGGCCACGCCCAGCGGGCGCUGGAGGCGGCGAUUGGACGGCGGAGGCGGCAGCUCCAGGCCCUGGCCGCUCUGGGGUUCCCGGAUGUGGGCGUGGCCGGCCCCGCCCUCCUGCAGAACGGGGGCAGCCUAUGGGGGGCGCUGCGGGACCUGCAGCGCCAGAAGCUCCGCCCCCUGCUGCUCGGCCAAUGGCGGAGCACGGAGCCGCCCAUCGACUUCCAGGGGCCCGACCCGCAGGUGCCGAUCCGGCGGUCGCUGGCGCUGCUGGGGCUGCGCAGCUGGGGCCGCGCGCGGCUGCUGGUGUCGCUGGCGCGGGAGCUGGGGGCGCUGGGGGAGCCCCCGGCGCUGGCCGAGCUGCUGGAGGCCGUGGGGGGCUGCACCGACCCCCGGCAGCUGCGCAGCCGCCUGCGCUGCCAGUGCCGCCUCUGCGGCUGGGACAUGGCGCGCCAGCAGGCCCAAUGGCUGACGGGCUGCGAGUGCCCCCUGUGCCCCGAUUGCUUCCGGGGUCACUUCCAGGUGGGGGUGAAGGAGAAGGGGGUGCAGGACCUGGUGUGUCCCGCCUGCGGGAAACCCGAUUUGUCCGACGAGAACGCCCGCAUCUGCUACUUCUCCACCUUGGAUACGCAGCUGCGCCAGGUCCUGGACCCCCCCACAUAUCAGCUGUUCAGCCAGAAGCUGACGGAGCUGGAGCUGCAGAAGGACCCCCAGUUCCUUUGGUGCACUAAGUGCUCGUUCGGCUUCAUCUUCGAGGGCGCCGUGGGGCCGGCCCAGUGUCCCCAGUGCCAGCAGCGCCUGUGUCCCCAGUGCCAGAAAGAGUGGCUCCCCGAGCACCAGUCGCUGUCCUGCGCCGAUUUCGGGCUGUGGCUGCGCAGCCGCGACCCCCAAGCGGCCGCCGUGGGGCUGGAGACCUUCCUGCGCGACAACGGCAUCGCGUGCCCGGCGUGUGGGGCGCAGUUUGCGCUGGCGCGGGGCGGCUGUCUGCACCUGCAGUGCUCGCGCUGCCGCCACCACUUCUGCAGCGGCUGCCGGAGGACCUUCCACCCCCGACACCGCUGCCCCGCUCCGCGCUGCCCCCUGUGGGGCUCCCUGCACGCCCACCACCCGCGGCACUGCCUGUUCUUCCUGCGCGACUGGGACCCGCAGCGGCUGCAGCAGCUCCUGCAGACGGGGAACGUCCCGUUCACCACGGACGCGCCACCCGGAGCCUCAGGGACCUGUGGGGUGAUGGAGCAGAAGGAGACGGGGGAGGGGCUGCACGACGCGCCCUGCGGCCGCGAUGUGGGGCCGGGACAGGCCGGGAUGUGCCGGCCUCACUACACCGAAUACCUCGUCGGCCUCAUCCGGUCCCGCCCCCUCGACCCCGCCCCCUUGUACACGUGGCCGGAACUCCUGGCAGCCGCCGACCGCCACCUGCCGGGGGGGCGCCCCCCCCGGGAGCCUGAAGAAACCGACGCUCAAUACGGGCAGCGCCUCAGACACCUCUUGGAGACCGAGGACCCCAUCAAGCCCCGCCCCGACGACCCCUAAACGCGCUCUGAUUGGCCGCUUCCCCUCCGCAAGCCGCGCCCCCCCCCGCGCUUUCAUUCAAUAAAGCACCGUGCGAACCGU